AUUGUCUUUAGCCUAAUGUUAAAUUAGACAAACAGAUUAUCAAAGCAUCAUUCGCAGCAACUCAAAGUAACGUCGGGGGGUUUCUAUCAAAUUUGCAGCAACUGUGGAAAGUGGCACAAAUUGUUCGGUGUGUCCUCUUCCACAGGAUGGCACAUUGGUUUCACAGAAACCCACUGAAGGCAACAGCUCCGGUGUCGUUUAAUUUUUAUGGAGUUGCAGGGAGCCCCGCUGCCAACAAGAUUUGCAAUGAUCUAAGGACGACCAGGGCGAGACUGUUGGAUAUGUUUACUGAUGUUACCUGCAAUCCUGAGAUCAUGAAAAGUGCCACAGAUGCAUACUUCUCCCUUUUGCAAGGCUUUAUCAUAUCCUUGGAUGGAACUACACAGGAGAACAAGAUGAGGUUCAUCCAGAACUUCAAGUGGACCGAUACUUUACAAGGAAACAUACCAAGUGCCCAGCAGGAUGCAAUCUUUGAACUGGCCUCGAUGGCUUUCAAUGUAGCCAUCUGGUACACCAAGUUUGCCUCGAGACUAGCUGGGAAAGAAAACAUAACAGAGCCUGAAGCUAAAGAUGUUCACCGGAGCCUGAAGGUUGCUGCUGGAAUAUUCAUAAACCUCAAGGCAGUGCACAUUCCUCGCCUCAUCACCCCGGCUGAAAAAGGCAGAGACUUGGAGCCCAGAGUGAUUGAUACAUACAUCAUCCAGUGCCAGGCAGAAGCACAGGAAGUGACGAUUGCCAGAGCGAUUGAACUGAAGCACAAUGCCACACUCGUAGCAGCCCUGGCAUUCGAAACAGCAAACUUCUAUCAAAAGGCUGACCACACACUGAACACCUUGGAGCCAGAGUGCAGCAGCAAGUGGAGGAAGUAUCUUCAGCUGAAGCUGCACUUUUACAUGGCUUAUGCAUACUGCUAUCAUGGGCAGACACUGCUGGCAGGGGACAAGUGUGGUGAGGCUAUAAGAUCUCUCCAGGAAGCAGAAAAGUGUUACUCCCGUGCCGAGGCGUUGUGUAAAGAGUACCGUCAGACCAAAGGCCCGGGCACCACAGCCAAACCAUCAGAGCAGCUGUUCUUUCUCAAACUGGGCGGCCUCAUUAAAAACACACUGGAGAGGUGCCAGAGAGAAAAUGGCUUCAUAUACUUCCAUAAGGUCCCAGCUGAGGCACCCCAGCUGGAGUUGAAGGCGAGCUACGGCCUGGCUGAGCCAGUCCCCUUCGAGCUGCCACCUCUUAGCGAGCAGUGCACCGCUGAAGUCUAUACCACCUUUGACCUGACCAAGGGAGCCAAAAAUGACAAGGCCAAACCCAAGGAGGAAGAGGUGAGACCAAUGAAGGAGCCAGAUCUGAAGCCUCAGAAGGACACAGGCUGUAUCAUAUCCUAAACUUUCCACAGAUUCUACUUUCAGCCUCAUACUUCAGCACCAUCGUUGUAAAGAGCAUUUAUAUUUUUUUCCCAUGUAAAUCUCCAUAGGAAAAAUUCAUUAAAAAAAAAAAAAAUUAUCCAUGUUUUACAUUUACAUUUAUGCUGAAAUGUGUAUUGUAUUUAGGUAUGACUGCCAUUAUCACUGCAUAAAAUCCAGAGCCAGUUAAACAUUAUAGUAUGUGGCCACAUCCUCAGAACAGCUCAUAUGUGACAUUUAUCGCAGAGUUAACUAGUAAAACACACUGGAAGGAAGACCUAAGCGUCGCUUAAGUGCUACUGAAGUGUGAUUCCAUUCAAUCCACACUGAAAGUGAGACAUGAAUGGCUUGUUCUGAGUGUUUAAGUUGUCAGAUCAGCUCUCUGUCGGACAGCAGUGGGGCAAAGAAUCUAAUCCGGACUGACCAACAACACGUGUACUGGAAAAAUAGUUUAUCAAAUCAAAUUUAUUUAGCUAGCACUUUAAAAACAACAUCCAGCUGACCAAAGUACUUUACAUGGCAGAAUAAAAUCACAAUAAAUGACUAAAAUAGAGUAAAUAAGAUCAGUGCACAUAAAAAUAAAACCGCACAAUAACACACAGUUUAACAUACGUUAAGAUUUUUAUGUAAGAUCAUCAGGAAGAAACUUUGUUUUUAUGUAGCUGAUCGAUUUAUUGAUUAUAAUGGAAUUCUAUCUGCAGCGUGAGACACGUGUAGAAAACGCUUCUAAGGGCGUUUCCAGUGUGUUUUACCAGUACACCUUAAACAAACAAACAAAAAAAAGAAGCAAGCAACCAGUUCUUUCAGGUUGGAUUAUGGUUAGCAAUUACGUGUCAGCAGCAAAGGAUUGUUCUAAAUUAAAUUAGGUGCGACUGUGGUUCAGUGGGUAGAGCAGUCGUCUCCCGACUGGAGGGCCAGAGCUGGCGCCGCAGAUGGCUGUCAUCGGUUCUGUACCGGAAACAAAUUCCUUGUGUGUAACAUACUGGGCCAAAUAAAGGUGAUUAGGUUCUAAUAAUAAAUGAGCCUUAUUGGUAAUGUAGACCUACUAAUGGUGCCUUUGGCUGCAAUGUAAACCUGUUCACUGUGCCCCCUUACACAAGUAUCUGAGUUUUAACUGUCUUGGCACUGGAGUGCUUUGGUCUGAAGAUAGCUGGCUGAAGCAGUGGAAAUUAGCCCAAGAUGAUGGUGAUCUAAAAAAAAAUGUUGUAGUAGCAGCAUCUGAAAUCAAAAAGACAAAUUAAAUAUUCAUCACUACUAAUAUGAUGAAACAAUCUAAGAGCCCAAGUCGGGAAUUGCAUUUGCACAAUCAGUCUGUAAAAUAAAAUACACUUAGAUGACUGGAAUGCAUUGCAGGCAGAUAUUUAUUCAGAACUUCCUUACACAUUUAUGAUAAUCAAAAGAAAUUUAAAUCGGUAGUAGACACACAAAAUGAACAAGACUGCAUGUGUUAUCUUGGGUGCAUUUUGCUUUGUAGCAGUUUACAAUCUAUUUUUAAUUUAGAUCAUAUGAUGUAUGCACUGCAGUUCUUUUGUACAUGAUUUGACUUAGGUAGCUGUUUUCUACUUUCUACUUCAUUUAAGAAAGCUGUGUUACUGGAUAAGAUAUUAUUUAACAUGGUGGUGUCCAUCAGGGGGUGUUAUCCCAGAUGAUUCUUAACUUAUUUGUGUUGUUAUGUAAUAAUAUUUUAGUUGACAACUUAAAACACAACAGUGUACAAUUCUGUGUAAUUUGUAUUAUAUGUUCUUGAUGAUGUUUCGCCUUGUUAUGUUUCAGUGGACACGUCAGAAUGACUGCUGUUACAUACAGCAUUUACUUUUGUAAACUUUUCAGUUUUUGAGAAAGUGCUGUUGUUGAUAGCUGACACAGUGUGUAGGCACUAUUGAGUGUUAUCCCCUUCCUUAAAAGCAAAGAUUGUGGCACAGCCAUCAACAUACUUGGGGUAGAGGAGCACAUCAAUGUUUGCUUCUAGAAUAAUUGUAUAUGUUGCUGAAGAGCUGCUCCAGCUGCUUCAUAGUUACUCAUAUUGUCAGACCCACGCAAUGUUGUGAUGAAGCACAACUAACAAUUGAUGGAAAUGUCUAUAAGUGAUUAUACAGCUCAUAUGUACUUGUUCACACCUCUACAUGCAUAGUAUCAAGCAGACAAAUGUACCUUCUCACUAAAUUUCUUCACAGCACACUGUAACAUCUUUGCACUUUAUACUUUUCUCCUUGUGGUCUGGUUAGGUUUUAACUGACAUGUUGGAGCAGUGGAUUUAAUUGAGCUCUUUAGUCUUCUACUUAAAAGGUGUGUUUGAACAGCAUUACAGUGUCCACUCCUGUAUCUCAUUAUUGUUUCUCUAAUGGUGUUCUUCAUGUAUUUCAAACGGUAUUAAAUCAUUCAGAAAUC